AGUGGGUUCUACCAUCUUCUCGAAGUCGGCGUAGGAAAGAGGGAGAACAUAAUGCUCUAAGUAAAUCAGUUCCACCGUCCAGAAACUCAAUUGUAUACCUUCGAUAAGUGACCAAAUUCGAUCUCCCCUUGACUUGUGAGUUCUAAAGUUCCAGUCCGUGACUUCAAACUUCCCCCCACAGCUUCCUGGAUGGUAGAAGCUUCCGAAGACCGCUGAUUCCAGAAAGUACUGUCUGGCGUUAAACUAGUCUCAGGCGCAAAAUAAAUCUCACGCAGCUUGGACUGCGCACGCGCAGGCCGUUGAGCCCUCCCGCGAGCGGAAGGUGCGCUCUCGGUUCCGGAGUGGUGUCCGCCAGCUGCCGGACAGUAAGCCCUGCUCCUACACCAUGGCGUCCGUGGGGACUCUUGCCUUCGAUGAGUAUGGGCGGCCUUUCCUCAUCAUCAAGGAUCAGGACCGUAAAUCCCGUCUUAUGGGACUCGAAGCCCUCAAGUCUCAUAUAAUGGCAGCAAAGGCUGUAGCGAAUACGAUGAGAACAUCGCUUGGACCAAAUGGGCUUGAUAAAAUGAUGGUGGAUAAGGAUGGCGAUGUGACUGUAACUAAUGAUGGUGCCACCAUUUUGAGCAUGAUGGAUGUUGAUCAUCAGAUUGCCAAGCUGAUGGUCGAACUGUCCAAAUCACAGGAUGACGAAAUUGGAGAUGGAACCACAGGAGUGGUUGUCCUGGCUGGUGCCUUGUUGGAAGAAGCCGAGCAGUUGCUGGACCGCGGCAUUCACCCCAUCAGGAUAGCCGAUGGCUACGAGCAGGCCGCCCGCAUUGCUGUCGAGCACCUGGACAAGAUCAGCGACAUUGUCCUCGUUGACACACGAGACACCGAGCCCCUGAUUCAGACUGCAAAAACCACACUGGGCUCCAAAGUGGUUAACAGCUGUCACCGGCAAAUGGCCGAGAUUGCCGUGGACGCCGUUCUCACCGUGGCCGACAUGCAGCGCAGAGACGUCGACUUCGAGCUCAUCAAAGUAGAAGGCAAAGUGGGCGGGAGGUUGGAGGACACUAAACUCAUCAAGGGCGUGAUCGUGGACAAGGAUUUCAGUCACCCACAGAUGCCAAAAGAAGUGAAAGAUGCUAAGAUCGCAAUUCUCACUUGUCCGUUUGAGCCACCGAAACCAAAGACGAAGCAUAAGCUGGAUGUGACCUCAGUGGAAGACUUUAAAGCCCUUCAGAAAUACGAGAAGGAGAAGUUCGAGGAGAUGAUUCAGCAGAUUAAAGAAACUGGUGCUAACCUGGCUAUUUGUCAGUGGGGCUUCGAUGAUGAAGCAAAUCAUUUGCUUCUUCAGAAUGACUUGCCUGCAGUCCGUUGGGUCGGAGGGCCUGAAAUCGAGCUGAUAGCCAUCGCGACGGGAGGGCGCAUCGUCCCGCGGUUCUCCGAGCUCACAGCCGAGAAGCUGGGCUUUGCCGGGCUCGUGAAGGAGAUCGCGUUUGGGACAACUAAGGACAAAAUGCUGGUCAUCGAGCAGUGCAAGAACUCCAGAGCUGUAACCAUUUUCAUCAGAGGAGGAAAUAAGAUGAUCAUCGAGGAGGCAAAGCGAUCGCUUCAUGACGCUCUGUGCGUCAUCCGGAACCUCAUUCGUGAUAACCGUGUGGUGUAUGGCGGAGGCGCCGCUGAAAUCUCGUGUGCUUUGGCAGUUAGCGAAGCUGCAGAUAAGUGCCCGACCCUGGAGCAGUACGCCAUGCGCGCGUUUGCCGACGCCCUGGAGGUCAUCCCCAUGGCCCUUUCUGAGAACAGCGGCAUGAACCCCAUCCAGACGAUGACCGAGGUCCGAGCCAGACAAGUGAAGGAGAUGAACCCCGCUCUUGGGAUCGACUGCUUGCACAAGGGCACGAACGAUAUGAAGCAACAGCACGUCAUAGAGACCUUGAUUGGCAAAAAGCAGCAAAUCUCUCUUGCAACACAAAUGGUUAGAAUGAUUCUGAAGAUCGAUGAUAUCCGUAAGCCUGGGGAAUCCGAAGAAUAGAGGAAAAAACUAAAUUGUGGUAGUAUGUUUCAGCGCUGUGGUUAAAUAAAUGGCUGUCUUGUGACGCAUCUGCAGUUAUUUAUUACGUUCUUUUCCAGACACUGUAGAUGCUGUACUAAAAAUAGUUAUCUAGUACCAUAGUUUCACUUGUUGAAAGACAUGUAAUUGCAGGGAAGCUGCUCACAAGCUUUUGUAUUUGUUACAUUAAAGGGAUCUCUUUAAACCA